UCAGCUUCUUGUUCACAAGGUGGCAGGGUUUCCCUAAGAAUACCAAAUUGAUUUCACGAGACUGUUUGUUUACAAUUUAUAAUCGUUAAUCAUCGCCUUUUAAUCAUUCUUAAUUCAGUCUUCAAUUAAUUUAAUCAUUCCCUAGCAUCUUUUUGUUUAUAUAGACGUAAUACUUUGUAUUUGUUUUGAUUGAAUGACAGCUCAGAACUCUAAUCUUCACUAAUGGAAAUGUUAUUUUCGUUUAAGUGUUGUCAGUUAAUUUAAAUGGAUUUAAUAUUACUUUCUGCUGGCUUUUUACUAUUCUGGUCAACAAUUCUUUUCACUCAUUAUAUUUUAACGUCAUGCUUGGUUCACCCUUACAUCAACUUAAGCAAAACUAUUGGAUUAAAAAUCAAACCAUUUUAUCUGGGCGUCUAUUUAAACAGAAUUGAAUAUGGAUUGUCUCGAUAUGUGAACCGGUAUGAUAAAUUUGUCGAAACAUGGAUGAAUCUAGGUGUUUUUGUCUCUCUAUUCCUGACUCCUGUCUCUAUUUGUAUAUUGCUGCAGACUGUUGUAAAUUUGAUUUCACAUGAAAAACAAAAAUCAAAAAAUUUUGGAACUCUUGAACCACUCCUGCCAGGAGUUAAUUUACCUUUUAGUGAAAUUUUUUAUUACAUUAUAGCUCUCAUAAUUUCAAGUGUUUUCCAUGAAUUCGGACACUUUAUUGCAGCUUUAAAAGAAGGCAUCAAGGUAAACGGUGCUGGGAUCUCAUUUUUUGCAUUUUUACCAAUUGCUUACGUUAAUAUAGCUGAAGAUCAACUCAACAGACUAGCGAUUUUAUGUAAAUUAAGAAUAUUUUGCGCUGGAGUUUGGCACAACCUGGCUCUUGGUCUUUUCACUGCGUCACUUCUUCUACUCAACCCUUUCAUAUUAAGUCCGUUGUAUAAAACUGGGGAAGGAGUUGUAGUUCUUAGUACACAAGAGAAUUGGGAUGCCUCUGGUAGCCAUGGAAUUCAAACGUAUGACAUCAUUACUAAUAUUAACCGUCAUUGUCGAGUUACCAGUAAAGAAGAAUGGAAAUCAUGUUUCUUAAAUUUACUGACGGAACCAGAUGAAAGCUAUUGUGUUUCCCAAAAUUUUAUUAAUGAGGAAGAAUUCAAAUCUGAAGGCGAAACUUGCUGCGUUGAAAAUUUGAAAAGACAUUUGUGUUUCAACAAUUUACAUUCCGAACAACAUUUAUGUUUACCAGUGAGACAAAUUCUAGAAAAAUUUACCACUUAUUGUAAUGAAACAACAAAAUGUUUAAAUGGUUAUUCCUGUAUUAAACCAAAAGUCGAGACUCCUGGCUUCAAACUGAUGGAAUUGCAACGAAAAGAUAAACCUGCAUUUCUUUUUUGGGGUCAUCCAUACGAAUUAUACAAUUCAUUAUCAGUGAUCAACUAUAAUCCACGUUUUAAUUUUCUAUCUUUAUUGUGGCUCCAAAGAUGGGAAAAUUUAUUAAGGUACAUCACAUCAUUUUCUCUGGCCCUAUCUCUGCUGAACUCAAUUCCUUGUUUUGUAAUGGAUGGAAAGUAUAUUACAAAAAGUUCUUUGGAACUGUUGUUUAAAAGAUUCUUCUCAAAAUCAUCUAUGCAUCUCGUUGAAUUAUCUCUAUCAAUUUUUGGAACAAUCUUGGUUAUUAUUUGUGUAUCUUUGGGAUUUUUGAGCGUUGUAAAGAAUCAUGUUUAAUAUGUUCAUAUGUUUAAAACUCUUAUAAUUCCUAAAAAUAUACAUCUACACACCUAUUACAAUCUAAAUAUUUAUGUGCCAACCGUAUUAUUAAUAAAUUGAUUCAAAAUUACA